ACAGUCCAAGAGAGUCCCAUUACUCCGGCGUCACGUGCCGCGCCGCCCAUAAGAGUCAAUAGUAAUUAUUCAAUUCAAUUCCAGACCAAACUAGCUUUCAUUUCUAUUCCAUUUCUCUGUUCCUCGACAGAACGAAGCUGAGCUAGCUCCUCUGCCUUUUCUCCUCGUCUCUUUGAAUUAUCGUCUCUCAGGUCCAAGUCCAGCAACAACAACCCUCCUCAGAAAUGGCGAUGUACGCGUUGCCGCGCCGACUCUCAAUCUCGGGUGGAUCAGCGAUCGGUGCUCUGCGUUACAUUACUACUACUGUUUUGAAACCUUUACCCACAUCCUUUCGAGAGGAGCGUGACACUUUUGGCCCAAUCCUCGUUCCCUCUGACAAGUUGUGGGGGGCACAGACUCAAAGAUCGUUGCAGAACUUUGACAUUGGAGGCGACCGUGAAAGAAUGCCUGAACCAAUUAUUCGUGCCUUUGGUAUUCUUAAGAGAUGCGCUGCCAAGGUGAAUAUGGAGUAUGGUCUUGACCCAAUGGUAGCGAAAGCAAUCAUGCAAGCUGCCCAAGAAGUAGCAGAGGGAAAGCUAAACGAUCAUUUCCCACUUGUUGUAUGGCAAACUGGAAGUGGAACCCAAAGCAACAUGAAUGCCAAUGAGGUCAUCGCCAAUAGAGCAGCAGAGAUCCUUGGCCAUAAGCGUGGUGAAAAGGUUGUGCACCCUAAUGACCAUGUGAACAGAUCACAAUCUUCUAAUGACACCUUCCCCACUGUGAUGCAUAUUGCAGCUGCAAUGGAAAUAAAUUCAAGAUUGAUACCAAAUUUGAAACAUCUGCAUACCUCACUAAAUUCAAAGUCUGUUGAAUUCAAAGAUAUUGUAAAAAUCGGACGCACUCACACUCAAGAUGCUACACCUUUGACUCUUGGGCAAGAGUUUAGUGGCUAUUCUACACAAGUAAAAUAUGGAAUUGACCGUGUCUUUUGCACUCUACCUCGGAUGUAUCAGCUUGCACAGGGUGGUACUGCUGUAGGCACUGGAUUGAACACAAAGAAGGGGUUUGAUGUGAAGAUAGCUGCAGCAGUAGCUGAGGAAACAAACUUACCCUUUGUUACUGCAGAAAACAAGUUUGAAGCUUUGGCUGCACAUGAUGCUUUUGUUGAAACCAGUGGAGCCCUUAACACAAUUGCUGCUUCUCUGAUGAAGAUUGCAAAUGACAUACGCUUAUUAGGAAGUGGUCCACGUUGUGGCCUUGGUGAACUCAUUCUUCCUGAAAAUGAGCCAGGCAGCAGUAUUAUGCCCGGAAAGGUCAAUCCUACACAGUGUGAAGCUCUCACCAUGGUCUGUGCUCAGGUUAUGGGAAACCAUGUGGCCAUCACAGUAGGUGGUUCCAAUGGUCACUUCGAACUUAAUGUGUACAAACCAUUGAUUGCCAGUGGUCUUCUACAUUCUGUGAGACUGCUUGGAGAUGCAUCUGCCUCCUUUGAAAAGAACUGUGUGAGAGGAAUUCAAGCUAAUAGGGAAAGAAUUUCAAAAUUGCUGCAUGAGUCACUGAUGCUUGUCACAUCUUUGAACCCUAAAAUUGGUUAUGACAAUGCUGCUGCGGUUGCCAAAAAAGCACACAAGGAAGGAAGUACUCUGAAGGAAGCUGCAUUGAACCUAGGAGUGUUAACCAGUGAAGAAUUCGAUACUCUUGUGGUGCCAGAAAAAAUGAUUGGCCCAUCUGAUUGAUGAGAUUAUCAAGAUCUUGAAGCUCCUGAAAUUUCCCGAUGCUUCAUUUUGUGCAUUAUUUCUCCCAAUCAGUUUGAUUAGGAAUUAGAAAUCUGAUCUUCAGCAACCCAAAUAAAUAAAUAAAAGAAGAAGAAACUCGAUAGAUUUAUUUUUUUCAACUUACAAAAACAAUAUUCUUGAGGUUUUCUCCAUGGCUGGCUUGGGUCUUUGGCAGGGUGACAACAGCAGUUGAUUGGGAAAAUGAGUGGAGAGCCUCCCCCAUUUUGUAAUGAUUGUAUCAAAGAAACCAACAGAAUUUAUGAUAUUGUGUUAAGACGUAAAUUGGGAUUA